AUGGAAGUCGAAGUUAGAGAGAUAUUCAAUGACUACAAAGUAAAAAAGCCUUCUUCCACUUUCAGGAGGAGUACCAUGAAGGAGAUAUUUAACAUGGGACGAAGGGGACGUCGCGAUUCAUUGAUAUCCAUGUCCCAGUAUCAGGCCGAACCUAAGAACCUGAUUAAAGAGAAGGCAGCCUCCCGGCUACCGGCAGAAUGUAUGCGACUUAUAAUUAAGCAUGUAGAAAGGAAGCGUGACAUCGUCUCUUGCUUGUUGGUCAACAAACAUUGGUGUUCUACGGUGAUACCGUUACUCUGGGCUCGACCAUUCGACAACGUAUCUCUAGAAAAUCGAUUCAAGUUGAUUCGUACCUACAUCUCCUGUUUGGAGGGAGAGGAGAGAUCGGGCCUGAACUAUGCGUUGAGAAAAUACAGGGUGGAGAUUCCCUAUUCGUCGCAAGUCCUAUUCGAAUAUGCUACGUACCUAGAGAGGUUUUCGUACAACAAGUUGUAUAUGGCUGUCGAUUCGGGAAUUCGAAAGUAUAUAAGCGAGGUGGCUGGCCGCAGCACGCACCAACAAACUAUCUUGAUCACCAGCGUUCUGUGUCAAUUGUUCAUGCGUCAAAGUCGAAGGGUCUCUUCGAUUGAGAUCACUAAAUUCUACGGCGCGAUGGAUUUGCCCCGGAGCUCGCUAUUUUCCGCCGCCGAAUAUGCCCUAUCAAGUCUCCAAAGACUUGAGCUCGAAUACACAGGCAAGAUGACCAGAAACACCUUGAAAUUAUUAAAAUACAUCUCCAAAUACUGUCAUAAAAUAUUGAUUAUGGAACUGAGGUUUCCUUACCUAACCGACAAAAUGGACGUGGUAAAUUCCAUCGUCGACAUCAUCAAUGCCCAGACGCAGUUGACCGAGUUCAGGCUGUCGGGUUUGAGAUUUGGUGCCGAGAAAAUUGUGCCGGCGCUGGUAUCACAGGCGGAUUCGCUGAGUACCCUUAAAUUUAUGAAUUGCGAUUUCACGGGAACCGAUUUCGGACCGUUGGCCAAUUGCAAAAA